AUGUUCCCUCUGCCUAUGUUCACCCCGGAGCAAGUGGCUCGGGUGUGCGAGAACCUCGAGGAGACCGGCGACAUUGAGCGCCUUGGGCGGUUCUUAUGGUCUCUGCCUGCCGCUGUCCCUGGCACCGCCGGGGAGGCACUCAACCGCCACGAGUCAGUGAUGCGCGCCAGGGCGCUCGUUGCCUUCCACGGAGGAAACUUCGAGGCGCUUUACCAGAUCCUCCAGAGCCACCGCUUUACGCGCGAGUCUCACGCCAAGCUCCAAGAUCUGUGGCUGGACGCGCAUUACCGCGAGGCGGAGCGGCUCCGGGGCCGUGCCCUGGGACCCGUGGAGAAGUACCGCAUCCGCAAGAAGUUCCCCCUGCCUCGCACGAUCUGGGAUGGCGAGCAGAAGACGCACUGCUUUAAGGUGAGACACCAAGCUGUAAGUAAUAUUCUUUCGUACCAAUAGUAGUUAGGCAUCUUCGUUAUUGAUAGGCUACAUUUUACGCACUAAUUACGCACUUUACCUUCCAUAACUAUGAUGACGCACCUUUCCAAGACCCAUUUGACGCACCACCUGGCUAUAUAUUACAGAAUAACUUAUAUCUGUAGCUACUUAUAUUGAACUCAUAUCUGUAACCAUGAAUUUAAAUAUUUGGAUAUACUGGGCUGACUCACUGCAUGCUAAUUUGUAAAAUAUGUUUUACAUUCUUACACUGAAACAUUUGAAAUGAUUUCUGAAGGUCCCAUUAUGUUACCUUUGCAUAUCAAGUCCUAAUGACAUGGAUGUCACACCCUGGCUCUGGGACUCAUUAUGUUGAGCCAGGGUGUGUUCAUUCUAUGUGUUUAUUUCUAUGUUGGUAGUUCUGUUGUGUUUAUUUCUAGGUUGGUCUGAUUGGGAGCCAUAUUUAACUGUCUGUUUUUCACUUUGGGUUUGUGGGUUUUUGUUCCGUGUUCGGUCAUCUUCACCGUGGACUUCACGAGUCGUGUUUUGUUUUGUUUAGAAACUUUAACUAAUUAAAGUCAUGUUUGUUUCUCACGCUGCGCCUUGGUCUACUCAUUACUACGACGAUCGUGACAAUAGACCAGGGAUAUCACAUUUUCUCCAGCCCUGAUUGGGCUUAACGCAGACUAUAAAGUCUGCAAGGUUAGAAAUAGUAAAUCACUUAAUCUCGUUAACCCAGAACAAAAAUCUCGCGUAAUUUGGUCAGCUGUUAUCUUUAGGUAGUCUGUUUACGAGAGAUUAUACAUCACGUAGGCUAAUUCUAUAUAGAAACGAAUUUGUGAAAUUAAGUUUCCCACAAAGAUCCUAUUAAAUUGUGUUCUAAUAUGUAAUUCUAUGGCGCUUUCACCAUUCACUGCUUUGAGUUUGAUGGCAAACACACGUUUUUCACAAGUGUUAAGACAGACCUUGUCUGUUAGUGAUAUGUCCGCACAUUACUGAGUGACACACUGUAAAAAGUAACUGCCUAACUCAUUAAAUAAAUUGAGUAGUGCUACUCAAACAUCUCCAACAGGUCAGUAGAACUCAAAUCAUAAAAGUGGCACUAACUCAUAUGUCAAUAAGAUCUCUUAUCACUUGAUGUUUUUGAGUACUGUUAACAAAUAUUAGGUUAUUGAGUAAAUAUAACUUUAUUUAUUUGUGCUCUGCUAAUCUAAAGUUAUUUAGUUUUUACAAGUUAUGAUUAUUUCAUAUUUUAAAUUCAAUCUAACAUUUAUUAAAUAAGUUGUUCUUACUUGAUUCUAUUAUAUUUUAUGUCUUUACUUAAAAUAAUAACGUAGUAGCCAGACAUUGAUAUUUGAGUAAAAAACACUUCAUUUAUCUGUGUUGUGCUGAUAUAGAAUUAUUAUGUUUUUGCAAGUUAUGAAUACUUAAUAGUGCCACAUGACUCUGUUUUUAGAGGAUUGUGGGUAAUUGAAAUAUUUUGGACUUUUACACAAUGUUGUAUGCAUGUUUGAAGAAAGAAAAGUAUAUAUUUUUUCUAAAAUAGUAUUACGCAUUUUGUUGUGCCACGAGGUGUAAUUGAUCAUGAUGAACGGAUAUCAAAACAGUCAGGCAAAUUGAUGUUCGAUAAUGAGAGAAGCCAUUUCCAUCAUCAACAAGGUCAUGUGCACCACUUUGAAUGACAGAGGCUAAUGCAGCAUCCUGUAAUGCUGACAGCUCUUCCUCCAGUUACUGCUAGAGGAAUGAGCACUGUGAUCAACAAUGCUGCUAAUGCGGGUUAAAAUGACAAAAUCAUCACAUACAUAAAACAAUAUUAAACAUUAAGACACAACCACUGGAAAUUACUAAUCAGAACUAAUUACACUUGAAAAAAAAUAGUAAGGAAGGUUAAUAUUUUAAGUAGAAGGGACCCUAUAUUUUUAUGUUCAGAACAAAAAAUAUUCACGUUCAAGUAACUUCAAUUGUUAUAAUUCAGAAUACAUAAUGCAAUUUAGUGUCAAAAAGUUCAUAAAACACCGAAGUAUUUACAACUUUAAAAAAUAACGAUAUGGGUGGUAAUAUCACUUUAUUACUUUAAGUAUUGAACACUGCAAUACUUUGAGUUGGAUUACUUGAAUGGUUCUAGGCAACGGGUUUCCACCCCAAAAUUGAGUUAGCAGAACUAAUGACUUUUUACAGUGUUGGUUAGCAAAAAAUGACUGUCUAUACAAUCUCAUUGCUCAACCAUCUCUGGCUCUGCCACUGAUCAAUAUGCAUCAGCGUCUUUGUGUGGAAUCACAAAACGAAUGUGACUUUCAUCAACCGGUAUGACUCUUAGGCUACAACUCAAAAGACUGAAUAGGCUACACAAUAAAUAUGUAUUUCGUUUAAAAGUAUUCUCAAACUUUUUAUUUGGAUCUAAAUCUCAACAUGUAAAGGACAUAGGUGAGAAGACAUGCCUCUGCUCUUCAACCUUAGCCUGGGUACCAGUCUGUUUGUGCUAACAAUCCACUUCUCAUAUGACACAGAGUACAAGGAGUGGAAUGUUAGCACAAAACAGGUCUGGAUUUCAGGCUACUUCAACCUGCAGGCAGUAAUCCUGGGGUUAAAGAGCACCAUACGAGCCUGUUAAACGGGGACUUUGCUGCCAUAGGCUAGGGCUAUAGUUCAUGGGCUGUAUCCCAAAUGGCACCCUAUUCCCUAUAUAGUGCACUGCUUUUUACCCAAACUCUAUGGACCCUGGUCAAUAGGGUUCCAUUUGGGACACAGGCAUGGAGAGAGUCAGUCUGCUUAAGCCUUGUGUGUCAGAGACCACCUGCGGCAGUAUAAGCUGAGAUACAUUUUACUCUGGGGUUUCCAUCCCACACAGCAGUGAGCAAUCACCUAGGCUAUGUCCCAAAAUGGCACCCUAUUCCUUAUAUAGUGCACUACUUUUGGCCAGCGCCCAUAGGGAAAAUCCCAGGUAAUGAUAGGGGAGAAGACAGUACUUCAACCAACUAAACCCAAUUAAAUGCAUAUGAAAGCACUUGCAUCAGGGCAGGGAAUAGGUAUUUCAGAACAUACAGUAUAGCUUCAUACAGCAUAAAGAUUAAUGACCGACUGAGUAGCCCUAGACUUAACCCUGGACAGAUACACACUUUAAGCAUGUCACAUUUCCACAGACGGUCCAUGGAUGUAAAACAACAUAAGCCUGUAUGUCACUCUCUGGCCCAGAUUGUUGUCUAUAAGAUUGAAGGGCUAGUGCCUGAGCAUUAGGUGAAAGGGCAGAGGCUGAGCACUGACUGUUGCUAUAGAUAACAUAUAGGUCAGGGGAGCUUAGUGGAUAUCCCCACUCCCCAGGUUACAUCAGUACUAAGCUUUUCAUCCUGAGCCAAUAUACAGUAUAACAUAUUUAUGUUGAUAAUGUGGAUUAUAAUUAUUAUCCCUUAAAUCCUAUAAUUCCAUCCAAUUAUAUGAUUAUUUGGUUGUAAUGUCUUAGGUCUCUAGGAGAUAUUCUCUAACUGAUAUCCAUGGAGUAGCCCAGUAAAGAUAUUACACCAACAUACUGUAUAUGUCAUAUCCCAUUGUGAAAGAUAAAAAUUAGUUAUUAGGAACACUGUUGGUUACAUGAAGCAGGGAACUGAUAAGAGUGUCUGCUAAAUGAUGUAAAUGUAAAUGUAAAUAUAGUUAUUAGGAACACUGUUGGUUACGUGAAGCAGGGAACUGAUAUAUAUAGUUAUUAGGAACACUGUUGGUUACGUGAAGCAGGGAACUGAUUGAUAUAGUUAUUAGGAACACUGUUGGUUACAUGAAGCAGGGAAGUGACCAUUAUUGUACGCUUUAUGUCUCACAGGAGAGAACUCGCAGCCUGCUCAGAGAGUGGUACCUCCAGGACCCCUACCCAAACCCGUCCAGGAAACGGCACCUGGCCCAGGCCACGGGACUCACGCCCACACAGGUCGGCAACUGGUUCAAGAACCGACGCCAGAGAGACAGGGCCGCAUCAGCAAAGAACAUGUACGUUAAGACAAGACAGGAAGGCUACUCAGCCGAAACCUUUGAAUUUGCCAAACGUAUGAUAUGUUACAAAUUCCAAUUUGUUGUGGCUAACAUUAGCUAGGUGGUUAAGGUUAGGGUUAGGAGUUAGGUUAAAGGGUUAACAUUAGGGUUAGGGGAAGGGUUAGUUACAUGCUAAGUAGUUGCAAAGUAGCUAAAAAGUAGUAAGUCGUUGAAUAGUUGUUAAUUACUAAAAUGCUAAAGUUAUCCGUGAUGAUAUUGGAACACGCAACUUUUGGGUUGCUAGAUGUUCGCGUUAUACGCUAGACCAACCACCCUACUUUUGUUUUUGCCUUAAGUAACCUUCUGUCUUAUGUAACCAUACCAAACGUAACAUAACAUAUUAUUCUUAGUGUCCUGGAUUUAUGUUUACUAUGUUACGUCUAGCCUAUGAGACCAGGCUGAAUGCUCUCAUUGAGAGAGAGUACCAGGUAGGUACCACUUAAACCAACCAUGUAUCUCUAAAAACUAAAACAAACUCCUCUCUCUUUCUUCUCUCUUCUCUCAGACUGCAGCAGGACCCCACCCACCUGCCUUCUGGAAGCUCCCCUGAGGGUUCUGUCCAGGAGCAUCAGGCCCACCACCCCCGUCUGCUGGCCGCCUCCCCCCGUCACCCGGGCAGCCCAGAGGCCAGUGACUGCAGCAUGAGCACCGACCACCGGGGCACUGGCACCUCCACCCCAGACAACUCCAUCAGCAGCGACAGCGAGUUCGAAUCCUGAGGGUCGGGUCGCUGACCACAGCAGGAGAGAGGCACUCAUUGGUUAAAUCCUGAAGAGAGAGGCUGUGAUCAGUGCUCAGCCAGGAGGCCCGACCCCACAGAUAUAUAGAGACAAUAGACACUGUAGAACUACUCUGUCUGUAGCUUGGGAUUGGACACUUGGACAGGAUGUUCUCUAUGAGAGACUUGAUAUGGACACUUGAUGUGGUUGCUAGUGGAUGAAUGGG